CGUUGUCCCAGUGGCAUCUGCUCGCACGAUCAGUCUGCAUCCAGCGACAGCCCCCUUUGAGAAACAAAAAAGAAGCGUCGGGUGGAAGAUAAACCCGUUCCUGCGCCCUCGCGCCUUAUCGCCCAUCAAAUUGGAUCAAGCCGCCGGCUUCUAGCUUCUUGCCUUGCCGCGCCUUUUCGUCCCCCCACCUGUUCAUCACUAUUUCCAUCUCGCUCUUCCGUUUAUCAUAUUCUAACUCAAGAAACAUACUUGCCUAGCGCCCCAGAGGCUCCAGAAUCGCUCUCAAAAGUCACCGAAGCCUUGCCGGCGGCCGACUGAUAAGCCUCGGUUAAAUACGAUAAACUACCGCGACGUUAAUUUCGAAUUUCGCGUCUUGCUUGCGCAUCAAAAGCGAUCUUUUCCGCAUUCAUUACAAUCCCGAACCCACUGUUCUGCAUAUCAUCUCUUCAUCUACAACUUCACUCGUCUACUGCAAACCUACUCCACAUGACAAUUCGCCGACUUCUUACUUCUCUUGCGGCCCACCAGCCUUCGGGUUCUCAGUCUGCUUCGCGACUUAUCCCUCCUUACUCUCAUGUCUACUCCGCUACAGCCCCUUCAACCCUUCGUCCCCCUUACUCUUACUCUGCCUCUCCAGCACAAGGUUUGCCUCUUGGUGCUCAUGAAGUAAGGGGUCGCUCUCUCAAGGCCAAGGUCAAGUACGAGAUUUACCACCGUGAAGGCAAGGUCGAUGGAUGGAGUGCUUGGGCAGAGAACGUGCUUGGCAAUGAAGAACAGAGAAGGGAAGUGGAAGCUGCUUGGGUCGACAUUCUUGCUGGAUUGGAAAGCAUCAAGUCUUCGGGAAACCAAAUCCCCCAAAUCGCUUUCCACUCUUUGGCAGGUCAUCUCGCAUCUGAGUCUACGGUCGAUGCCAUCCGUAAUGUUGGUGCUGUAGUCAUCCGCGAUGUCGUCCCUGACGCCGAAGCUAUCGGAUGGGCUCGAGAGAUCUUGCAGGCGAUCAAUGACGCUGGUGAACGAGGCAUAUACUGGAAUCCCGCUCUUAUCGCUGCCAGAGCCAACACUUCAGUCCUCUCUGCCAACGCCCAGCUCGCACGUUCGCUUCUAGGUCAGGAAGUUUACAUUCAAGCCGAAACCGUCCGUGAAGGUAUUGCUCCCUUCCGCACCACCCCCUCUCCUUACAACCCUUGGUCUUGCCCUCGAGCUCUACUUGCUCACCUUACUCUUACCCCUACCAUGUCCUCUCCUACCGGUGCUGCUCCCCAGCCAACCCGCUUACCACCCUCCGUUCACGCUGCCACUUACACCCUCCUCCGCCCUCUCUUCCGCCCGCUCAAGUCCAAGAUUGCAUUUUACGACUCCUCCUCUUACCUCGACCCUGCCAAUUGGGUUCUUGACCCUACCAUCUCUCACCGCCCUUCGCCGGCACCUGACUUCCCUCAUUUGGCGGGCACAGAGGUCGUUCUUCCCGAGCUCUUGCCGGGUGACGUCUUGUUCCACCACACUGCGCUGCCAUUUUCCACCCAGCCUGUUGGACAGAUAUUCCUCCCCAUCAAUCCGGUGGAAAAGAAGGGCAACGAAGCGUGGAUCGCGAGACAACGCGAGGCGUUUGAGAAGGGUGUUCCUCCUCCUGGGGCGAGCGAGGUAGGGGAUGAUUUGUGUGUGGUAGAAUCCAAGGGCAAGAGGUCCGACAUUAGUAGUCGGGCUGGUAGGGAAGCCAUGGGUUACGGGUACUAGGAGACUGUGCCGGUCGACAGAUCAGUCAAUCUGGGGAACUGAAUAAAAGAUCUUGGGUAAACUAGAAUCGGUUAUAGAGAAUAGUUAGUCACUUACAACAGGUAAACGGAAAAAGAGCUAUACACUAGUUGUAUAUAGUAUGUGUUUCGAAAGGGUUAUCUCAACAACAAUUGUAUCGAAAAGUUUUUGUGUGGAUUCGGUUCGUAUUCGUCUAUGUCGUUCGGGUUUUAUAUACUUGCUAUGAAUGUUUUGUCUGUGCAGCGAAA